AUGCAACGUACCAAUAUCACCCAUCACACCAACCUCACUCAUCUCACCCAUCACACCAGUCACACCAAUCUCACUCAUCUCACCCAUCACACCAAUCUCACCCACCACACCAGUGACACCCACAAGACCAAUGACACCCACCACACCAAUCUCACCAAUCACACCCAUCACACCAGUCACACAAAUCUCACUCAUCUCACCCAUCACACCAACCUCACUCAUCACACCCAUCACACCAGUCACACAAAUCUCACUCAUCUCACCCAUCACACCAAUCACACCCAUCACACCAAUCUCACCCAUCACACCAAUCACACCCAUCACACCAGUGACACCCAUCACACCAGUCACACCCACCACACCAAUCUCACCAAUCACACCCAUCACACCCAUCACACCAGUCACACAAAUCUCACUCAUCUCACCCAUCACACCAAUCACACCCAUCACACCCAUCACAUCAGUAACACCCACCACACCAAUCACACCAAUCACACCCAUCACACCCAUCACACCAGUGACACCCAUCACACCCAUCAAACCAGUCACACCGACCACACCAGUCACAACAAUCUCACUCAUCUCACCCAUCACACCAGUGACACCCAUCACACCAAUCACACCCAUAAACCCAGUCACACCGAUCACAUUGGUAACACCCAUCACACCCAUCACACCAGUGACACCCAUCACACAAGUGACACCCAUCACACCCAUCACACCAGUAACACCCAUUACACCAAUCACACCCAUCACACCAGUCACAACAAUCUCACUCAUCCCACCCAUCACACCAAUCUCACCCACCAUACCAGUGACACCCAUCACACCAGUGACACCAAUCACACCCAUCACACCAAUGACACCCACCACACCAGUGACACCAAUGACACCCACCACACCAAUGACACCCACCACACCAAUGACACCCACCACACCAAUGACACCCACCACACCAAUCUCACCCAUCACACCCAUCACACCCGUGAUGAUUAG